GACUUCAUACGAGGUAAAAGUCAACAGAACAAUACUGAUAGCUGUCAUCACUUCAAAAAUCCGUUAAUACUCGCUUCCCUUACGAGAGAAAAUGUAAUCUUAUGACUCAUAUUGCUUUCUAUAUUUUGGAAGUAAAAAGUAUCCAGUAUCCCGUACAGAUGAAACUAGGAAUAAACUAUGUAAAGGGAUAGGAUCCUAGGAGAUUGAAGAACAGAAUUCAAGGCAUGAGAACUGGACAAGCUCAAGCCAAUCAAGUGAUAACAGAUACGAAGAUACGUAAGGUCGUUUAAUAUCUUCAAGGCGGGAGUUAGUUUUGAAAUAACGACCACACAUUCGAAGUUGAUCAAAAUACGCCAAGGGUGUUCAAAUACUCAUGCUCAAAUACUUGACGUCCUAGACUUUGAUUGCGUACUGUUUGAAGUGAAGAGUACAGUUUGAUUCAAAGGCGAAGAUUGGAGGAACAUUGAAUGUUUCAAAAAAAUUGAGUUACUUGGUUGUGAAGUUUGGAGCGGUCGUGAAGGAUGUCUACAUCAAUGCAUUAUGCUGCGCUCUCUGUCGGGAUAAUCGUGUUAGUCAUCCUUGUUUGUCUUGCUGUGUUUGCAAUCAUUUAUUUCAAAAAACAGAUGAUACGACAACCAAGAGAGACAUACAAACGACUUCCUUCGCAGUAUUCGUACAUCACUCCUUCUGAAACUCCUGUCUUCACAAUACCUCCAUACGUCACGCUUGAGGAGAAUGUCUUUGAAGAAGGAGACGAGAGCAGCCUUGGAAGUUUGAAAGAAGAUCUGGACGAGAAUAGGAACAGCCCAAGCGAAUCGCCUCAAGCUACUCCAACGGCAUUAGGAACCCCGCGAAUCUCUCGACCACAGCUCGUUAGGUCCAUCAGUGAGGUUCCUGGGUACACACAGGACAGGCAUAGUUAUAAAUACCGCCAAUCAUUAUCCUCAACUCGCUCUGGUGCUAUGCCCUCACACAAGAAGGCCUAUAAAAAGAGCUCUCUUUCUCCUUUCGGGAAAAUGCAAGUGUCGAUUCAUUUUGAGGCCAAUAAGAAUCUGCUUGUCGUUCAGGUGAACGGCAUGUACGACCUUCCUCAGCUUCGUACAUCCGGGGUUUCAACUCCCUACGUCAGAGUUAUUUUACUGACUGGAAAAGACGACAAAGAAACGCGUACAAAUUUUAUGAAUCUGUCGAAUAACAGGAUCUGUGUGUUUGAUAGAAUCUCGUUAGAAAAGGUUAAAGAGUCCACCUUAAAGUUUGUUGUACUGGACUACGAUCGAUUCUCACGCAGCGAAUUCAUUGCAGACGUUCUUGUACCAUUAUCUGAAAUCAAUGUCGAAGAAGGCGAAACGAUCCUUAGAAAACUGGUAUCUCAAGAAGUUCCUGAUGAGGAUGGUGAGCGAGGUCAGCUGUCGGUAUCCCUGUGUCAGGAGCCAAGGGCAGGUCGCUUAGUAGUUCACGUCAUCAAAGCCGAAAACUUACCACCUCCAAAGUCUGAAGACCACCUUGAUACUUACGUUAGAGUGACGUAUUACGUCCAGAGAAAAAUGGUGGACAAGAGAAAAACAAAAGUCGUUAAACGAACAACAUUUCCAGUUUUCAACGAAGUGUUUGUCUUUGAAAUGAAAGAGGAAGAACUAACGAACUCUAGCAUUACCUGCGAGGUCUUUCGAGGGGAUUUUAAACUCAAGGCUUAUAAAAUCGGUCUGAUUAAUCUUGGUAUUCAUUCGUUUGGGAGUGAAAUACGACACUGGAAUGAGAUGAUGUCAUCACCGCAAAAACAAGUGCUUCAGUGCCAUAAACUACAUACUUAGUACUCAAAGUAAAAUAUAUAACUUGAGAGACCAACUCCUGUCAUCAGCUAUCUGAACUUUGAUCGACGUCAGUCCAAUUUACUCAUUAAUAAGGGCGCAAUCCCCCACCCCACUGCUUACCAUUUCAUAUCUUCUUAAACAUCAUUGGUAAACAUGUUUUGGGCACGACAAUGCUAUUCCUGACAUGUUGGUUUAGCUUGAGGUCAUGCGCAAAAUGUGUACCGCUGUCAAAAGAAACUGCAUGCUCGCUUGUUUGUAUACAUUAGCAUUAAAAAUCACAUCAAUUUGGGGCCGCGAUACUUCUGUGAUAUCUCAAUAAGAUAUUUCGUUUUACUUUUUUUUUUAGCCUUGUCACCUUAACCGGACAAUCUAAACAAACUUCAUUAUCUUAUCUAUUAUCUUCUAUUGUUGAUAAAAUCUAUUGAAUAAAAUCUAUUAACUCGC